UAUCAGAGCCAAGUUGGUACGGUUUAAUAUUAUUACUCAACGAGAUGAAUAGUGGGAGUGCUUCUAUGGGUGUAGCUAUGGAAAAGCUGGUUGGCAAUAACUAUAGUUAUUGGAAGUUAUGCAUGGAAGCUUAUCUACAAGGGCAAGAUUUAUGGGAUUUAAUUGAAGGUGAUGACACAGAAAUUCCAGCCGAUACUCCACAAAAUGCAAAAUUACGUCAACAAUGGAAGAUCAAGUGCGGAAAAGCCUUAUUUAGCUUGCGAACUUUGAUUAGCAAGGAGUAUAUUGAUCAUGUUCGUGAUUUAAAGUCACCAAAGCAAGUAUGGGAUACACUUCAAAAGUUGUUCACUAAGAAAAAUACCGCUCGACUGCAAUUUCUAGAGAAUGAACUAGCUAUGAAUUAGAUGCUGAGGAGCCAGUGAGUGAGGCUCGAUUACGGCGUUAUCUUAUUCGUGGAUUACGAAAAGAGUUUAUGCCCUUUGUUUCCUCAAUACAAGGGUGGGCAAAUCAACCUACGGUAAUUGAAUUGGAGAAUCUUCUUUCCAAUCAGGAAGCCUUGAUUAAGCAAAUGACUAGCAGCAACGAGUUUUCCCCAAAGUUAGAAGGUGUGUUGUAUGUCAAAGAUCAAAGGAGACAGAAUUUUCACUCAAGGCCUUCAUCUAGCAAUGAGAAUCAAUUCAGAAGUGACGAGUCGUCAAAGAAGCCAUUUAAAGCUUGUUACAGGUGUGGAAAACCAGGCCACUUUAAACGAGAUUGUCAGGCGAAAGUGGUGUGUGAUCAUUGCGGAAAGCCAGGCCAUAUUAAACCAAAUUGUCGAGUCAAGAUGCAAGAAUCAGAAGCAAAUGCGGUACAUGAAAAUAAAAGUUCUCCAGAUCCAAUUUGGGAAUAUUGCUUAACCACUGAGGUUCUUGACCAGCCAACAAACGUGACUUCAGCCGUAUAUCAAGAUGAUGUUUCUACAGGUGAUCAAAAUUCUAAUUCCACUACUUACGCUUCUGAGUUUGAUUCUCUCCAAAUUUCGCAUCUGGACUCUCUCUUUUUCUCCGAUUUCAAUUCUAUUGUCCCUG